AAAGUAACGUUUUUGGGACUACUUAUCCUCCCUAAUAUCUCUCCAGUUUCUAGUAGCCAUUAUAUUAAUAGGCCCUGGUUUCUUAGAAUUAAUCCCUCCAAAUCGUGUUAGGGACUCAUAUCCCAUAUUGCAUUCGAGGCUUUCUCUAUCAGGCAGGUGCAUCAUCAGAGAUCUUGGAAAAUGAACAAAGCCGAGUGGUUUAACGGGGAUCAGAAGCGAUAAGAUCGAUGUCGCUGUGUUUUGAGCUGAGCAGAGUGUCUGUGGGUUCAGUAUCAGGCCCCCUCACACUUGGUGCAGGACCUCGACUUCAUUUAGGCACCAUGGACAGAAACAGCACGCCGUGGAGCUCCGGCUCUCACCCUCCAUCCCUCCACCUCGCCGCGAUGGUGGGGACGGUGGCGCCCACCAUCUUCCCCCGGUUGGGCUACAGCGUCCUGUCCUUCCUCAUGUUCAUGAACACAGUGCUGACGGUGUUCAACAACAGCCUGGUCAUAGCGGUGAUGAUGAGGAACCCGUCUCUCCUGCAGCCCAUGAACGUGUUCAUCCUCAGCCUCGCGGUGUCUGACCUCAUGAUCGGCCUGUGCGGAUCCCUGGUGGUCACCAUCACCAACUACCAAGGCUCCUUCUUCAUCGGCCACGCGGCCUGCGUCUUUCAAGGCUUUGCUGUCAAUUAUUUUGGUCUGGUGUCGCUCUGGACUCUGACUCUGCUUGCCUACGAGCGCUACAACGUGGUGUGUAAGCCGAGAGCCGGCCUGAAGUUGAGCAUGCGGAGAAGCAUCAUUGGUCUGCUGUUCGUCUGGAUCUUCUGCUUGUUCUGGGCUGUGGCUCCGUUAUUCGGCUGGAGCUCCUAUGGACCUGAGGGAGUGCAGACCUCCUGCUCUCUGGCCUGGGAGGAGAGAUCGUGGAGCAACUACAGUUAUCUCAUCCUCUACACACUCCUGUGCUUCAUCCUGCCUGUCAUGGUCAUCAUCUACUGCUACUCCAAAGUGCUCAAAUCCAUGAACAGGCUGAACAGGAGUGUGGAGCUCCAGGGGGGGCGAUCGAGCCAGAAAGAGAACGAACAUGCCAUCAGUAUGGUCCUGGCCAUGGUGAUCGCUUUCUUUGUCUGCUGGCUGCCCUACACAGCGUUGUCUGUGGUGGUAGUCAUGGAUCCAGAGUUCUACAUCCCCCCUAUUGUCGCCACCAUGCCUAUGUACUUUGCCAAGACCAGCCCUGUGUAUAACCCCAUCAUCUACUUUCUGUCAAACAAGCAGUUCCGUGAUGCCGCCCUAGAGGUGCUUUCCUGUGGUCGUUACAUUCCCCACGCCCCCACCGCCACUAUCAGUAUCAACAUGCGGCCCCUGAACAGGAGAAGCCGGCUGACUUCCUUAAGCAGGGGCGUCAACACUCACAGCAAGGUGUUGCCCCUGUGACAAAAAAAAAAAACCCAAACAGAAACAAGAAGCUGCCAUGCACCAUUGUCAGUGUUUAUCAGUGCCUCGUCAAGGACUCAGACCUGCACAUCUCCAGAUCAGAGCGUAGCCCAGUGAGAACACAAUCGGCUCAGAAAGCUGAAUGCUGAUAUCCUGAGAGUGGACAGCAUAAGUGGAAAACCUUUUGACCCAUUAUAAUGCGACCCGAUCUAAAACCAGUGAAAAAACUGAUCAUGUUGUUGUUAAGAUUACGUAAGAGAGAAAUUUUGUUUUUCAGCUCGUCAGCUUGUUUGGCUUUUAUUGGAUUGUCCAUGUAGUUAUCCUUUGUCCAUUUUUUUUUUUGGAACAAUAACAUCACUCAUUUUCAUUUUUAUUCAUGUGCUUUGUGUUGCUCAAUAAACUGUAACCUUUUUCACACCGACGUUUGCAGGUUGUGUGCUGUAAGUAUGUGGGGAAACUAGCCAAAGAAGCCGAGCAGAAAGGAGAUUUUGAAAGAAAGAUACAAACUGAAAUGAAUGAUUUGUAAAAAUGUAGUUUCCAUUUGUACUUUUUGUAGUGUUCCACUUAAAUUAUUUUUAGUCAAAUGUAGCCAUUUUUUUUUAAAUUUUGAAUUUGAAACAGCCUGGCUGCAAAGAUACACAGCGAGCAAGCGACCACUGACCUCUGUUUGGGUCUGUUUUCUUAUAUGUAAGGGGGAAAAAAGUCAUCCUUGUGAAAGUUACUAGCAAGUUCAACAUUUUCAUGUUGUUUCCUGUAUUUUAGAUCAUGCAACCCUUUUUAUAUUACAAGAUCUUUUCCUGGGAAAAAAGUAUCUUGAUUUUGUAUCUAAAUGACACGCAUACCGCACCACUCUUUCUUAUCCUGUAAAUAAAUAAAGUCUAUGUCAACAGUAGCCUGCUCCAUCAUGUCAUCAACACUCCCACUGAGGCCAAGUAACAUAGAGUAAUAGUUUGUGGGUUACAUAUCAGUCCUGCUUUUUGCCUCCCAGACACCUCCCAGACUAACACAUAAUAUAAAAAUUCUACAUGGUAUAAGGACAUGAUUUUACUUGUAAGCACCUGUGUGAAUGCAGAUUUAUUCAGUGAAAUUAUUAUCGAUUGCUGGGAAAAUUGACAACAAAAGACAACAUAAUCUGCUGUCCCUCAGGUUGUUGCAAAACCCACAAAAUUAGAAACCAGGAGAAAUGUGGGUGCACAUGUAGAGGCUUUCAUUUGUUUUGGCUGGCCUGCCUUGUAUUAUCUUGCU